GUAUUUUUAUGAAGAACAUCCAGAACCUUUUUUUCCGUUUCCCUCUCUGAAGGUUCUCCGGCAGACUUUUAGCACCCCGGUAAAUCUUAUUAUCACUAGUAGCUUCUGGAACUGCCUGGCGCCGUUAUCAUGGCACCCCUUAUACUCCACAAUGUUCCGGACGAGGAGCUCUACGUCGGCGACGACGGCAUUAGACGCCCCUAUGCCAUGGUCUUUCCACAACAAGAUAGCCAUCAAGUAAGCGGACGCUCUAGGAGAGCGGUCGCGGAAACCGGCUCAUUUGGUAAAUCGAAUCGGAGAUCACGAUCCAAGACUGGCACCCCGGUGAGGCGCGAAGAUCCGAACAUAGCCGUUGCCGACAAGGUCUUCACCACGUGGAUUCAGAACCAGAACCAAUCAUCCGCACCCGCAAGCUCCACGACGACAUCCCAAAGGAAACAAAGCAUUGUCGCAAGCUCCUCCCAGCCCAACCUCUUGUCCCAGACCGCCGACGAGACCAGUGCGCCCACACAAUCGCGCUUCGUCCAAAAACAAGUCCCUACCGAGGUGAUUCUCAGGGGAUAUCGGUCAUCGCAGCAACAAUAUGCUGCCAUCAACCGCUUCGAGCAGAUCGGAGGCCGGAUUUGCGAGGAUUACCCGCGGGACCCCCCGGCCGAGAAUCGGCGAUACAAAUCUGAGCUGCGGGAUCCAGCCUUUACGAGGCGGCGCGCCCUGACGCUGGAGGAACGAGCCAAGGUCAACAGGGCGGAUGGCGGAGAGCAUUGGGUGAAAGUGACUUUCGAGUCGGGCGAGGCGGCAGACAUGGCCAUCUACUCUUCGCCUCAGAGCAUUCUCGGCCACCUCGUGUACGCAGAACCGUAUCACGGCAUAGCCCCGGCUCGCGACGAGGCGAUUGUGGAAACAUCAAACGACGACAAUGGACUUGAUGACCGGUUUAGGUCGCCGUCGAGGAGGACGCGACGGCACGGGAAAACCGGGUCCAUCUCGGCACUGCCGCGCAGUUUCUCGAAUCCCGUCCUUGGUGACGGCCUGGACUCGUCUCCUGACCGAUCCCAGAUCUCCUCGCGGACUGCCGACACUACGACUAUGACCUCUGCGACCGAGUCUGCAACGGCAACAUCAUCAUCGUCCGGAACGGUUAAUGGGGCUGUCACGACCGGUGCAGAUGUGACGCAUAGGGCCGUUCCGGACAGCGACUUCUGUAGGGCUAUUCCUACGGCACGGAAGGUUAGGCUCCUUCCUGCCGAGCAAGCCCUUCUACCGCAGCCGUCCUAUACCCAGCGGGUUCUCAAUCGGAUCCCCUUCCUGAGAUGGUUUAGCGGCUCCAUGAUCGGAAACGAGGUGCCCCGGACCGAGACCGGCGAGUUCGACUGGGACAAGGCCAGUCUCUACUGGAAGUUCAUAUGCUGGCUCGACUCCGCAUUUGGCCUCUUUGGCGGGGAGAUUCUCAACGCGGACAAGGACGAUUAAAUGGCCACUCAUCCGCGUUGUGGCUUGAGGCUCCGGCUACCUUCCUAUCUCACUACUAGAAUAGCAUCUGCUUCGUAUGGUUGGUUGGAAUACCGCAGCAGCGCCUGUGGCAGGCGUUUAAGGGGCGUGCAACUCGCAGGCAUAUCGACCUGGGAAGGAGGAGAGACAGAUAAAAGCAUGCUGUAUGGCCGUUAUAGAAAUUGUACAGAUAUGCAAGACACAACUAGGCCGUCUAAUAGCCCAUGGGAUAACACCAUUCCAUGCAAAAAUGCAAAAUAGAGAGAAAGACCCC